AUGCGGUUUGAAAAAAAAUCACAAGAAGUUAGAGUUAUGAUGGCAGUGAACAAAGUAAAUAGUGUAACGGCGGAUUUCGAAGUUUUUGGAAAAGUGCAAGGAGUAUUCUUCCGGAAGUUUACGCAAAAGAAAGCAUUAGAACUUGGACUUAAGGGAUGGGUAAUGAAUACUGCGCAAGGAACUGUUAUAGGUCAACUUCAAGGACCCUCGACUGCUGUUGAUGACAUGAAGCUUUGGUUACAAAAGGUCGGAAGCCCAAAAUCUAAGAUCGAGAAAGCGGCGUUCAGGAAUGAGGGAAAUAUUAAAUGUUGCGCUUUUAGGACAUUUGAAAUACGUAAAUGA